GGGGUCCCUACGCUGUUCUCCCCGCCUCUCUGUAGCAGCCCGUGACUCGAUCCCACAACAGCAGCAUCACAGACACAAUGGCAAUGAAAAAGGCAGGUGUUCUCGGAGCCACAGGUUCCGUUGGACAGCGUUUCAUCCUCCUCCUCUCGGAGCACCCAGAGUUCGAGCUCGUGGCGAUCGGAGCGUCCGCCCGUUCGGCAGGCAAGAAGUACGUCGAUGCGUGCACGUGGAAGCAGACCGACUUGAUGCCUGCACAGGUCGAGGGCCUUGUGGUGUCGGAGUGCAAGGCAGAGGCGUUCAAGGACUGUGACGUGGUGUUCUCGGGCCUCGAUGCGGACGUGGCCGGGCCGAUAGAAAAGGAGCUUGUGGAGAGCGGCCUGGUGGUCAUCUCUAAUGCCAAGAACUACAGAAGAGACCCGAACGUCCCCUUGAUUGUGCCGAUCGCCAACUCGGAGCACCUCAAGAUGAUCGAAAACAGGGUUGCAAAGGCAGACUGCAAGCAGGGGUACCUCAUCUGCAUCUCCAACUGCUCCACCGCCGGCCUUGUGGCUCCGUUGAAGCCGCUUGUCGACCAGUUUGGCCCGCUCGAGUUUGUCUCCACCACCACCCUGCAGGCCAUCUCCGGCGCAGGCUUCUCCCCCGGCGUCCCAGGCAUCGACAUCUUGGACAACAUCGUCCCCUACAUCUCCGGCGAGGAAGACAAGAUCGAGUGGGAGGCCAAGAAGAUCCUCGGCGGGCUCAACGAGGACGCCACCGAGUUCCAGCUUGACGACGACCUCCUCGUCUCCGCACAGUGCAACAGAGUCGCCGUCUCCGACGGCCACACCGAGUGUGUCUCCUUCAAGUUCAGAAACAGACCAGAGCCUUCCCUCGAGCAGGUCAAGCAGUGUCUUCGUGACUACGUCUGCGAGGCCAAGCUCCUGGGCUGUCACUCGGCCCCAGAGCACGCCAUCCACGUCCUCGAACAGCCAGACAGACCACAGCCCCGUUUGGACAGAAACAGAGACGCCGGCUACGGUGUCUCCGUCGGCAGAAUCAGACCAGACCCAAUAUUUGACUACAAGAUGGUCAUCCUCUCCCACAACACCAUCAUCGGUGCUGCCGGUUCCGGUAUCUUGAUUGCUGAGCUACUUGCCGCCAAGAAGUUGAUCUAGCUCCCUUAUCUAACCAACUAUCUAGCUCUAUCUGCAAAACAUGUUUUGCAGCUUUACAUUUCCAUAUCACCCUGUAGGUUGUUUGUCCUAUGGCCUCUCCAAAACCCAUUGGAGGGAACCGUUUCUCAACUUUUGACCAUACACAGGUCCAAAGUACCAACGCACAAGCGCACAAAACACGUUCUGUAAAGCUAAUUUCGGCUGCUUUUUCAAAUUUGGACACCCACUAGCACUGUUUAUAAAAGUCUUCAGUCCUGUGUCAUUACAUUUUGUGGUCCCAGCUUCCAGCUUUCUCCCCCGACCCUCUUUCUCCUUCUUGUAACCCCUUAUCUCUAUUCUGGUGAUCUCUGCCAUUUCCUCCCAAAGGCUCCGAAUCCGACUACGU